CCUAAACACUGAGCAGUAACACACAAGAGAGGAGAGAAAAAUGUUUCCACUGUCAGCUUUGCCAAGAUGCAUCGCUCUCCGCUCAAAGCAUGACAACAGCUACCUGCGCUCCGUGCACGACGAGAGCCAGGGCGGCAGUUUCAUCGAGCUAAGCGCUGGCGACGGAGGCGUCAUGAACCCGCGCUCUAGGUUCUACCUGGAGGCGUCCAAGGAGCACGACGGGCUCGUGCACGUCAGAUGCUGCUACAACAACAAGUACUGGGUGCCACAGCAGCGCGUGCUUCACGGCAGCACUCGGUGGACUAUUGGCACCGCAAAUGAGCUGGAGGAGGACCUCUCCAAGCCGUCAUGCACCCUGUUUAAGCACGUCCCCGUCGCCGACGAGGAGGACUCCACCUGCAGGUUCCUCCAUUCCCAGCUAGGAAAAUAUGCUUCCGUGAAAUCAAGUUAUGAUAUGUCCAAACGUCCCUACUUGCAUAUAGCACACGAAGAAGCUGAUCAAGAUAAUCUCCUUGGUGCCUUCACUAUCCUUGAUGUGUCGGAACAGAAGCAGUUGCCUACUUAUCUUGCUUUCAAAGGUGACAAUGGGCAGUUCCUUGGCGCGAAGAUCGUCGAGGGUUAUAAUUAUCUGGAAUAUUCCCAAACAGAUAUUGGAGAUCCAAGUGUGUUGCAUAAAAUUUUCGCAAAUAAAGAUGGAGUUGUCCGUAUAAAAUCCAACUAUUUUGAUAGGUUUUGGAGGCGAAGCCCAAAUUGGAUCUGGGCUGAUUCAAGUGACACCACCCAUAACAACCUUGACACAUUAUUCAAGGUGACCACUGGGCCUGACUUCAUUGCACUGCAAAACUUGGGCAACAACAAUUUCUGUAAAAGGUUAACCACAGAAGGGAAAACAAGUUGCCUCAAUGCUGGUAUUGCUUCCAUCACAGUUGAAGCAAGAAUGCAGUGCUAUGAACCAGUCGUUUCUUGAGACAUCGAUGAUAUUCAAUUUCGCCUAGAUGAAGCUAAGAUCUAUACCAAGAAUGUUGAGGGUCUUGAUAGUCAAAUUGUUGAAAACAAGACCACUACAACAAACAAAACCAAAAUGGCCUUCACAUACACACAUACCGUGGCGAGUACCUGGAGUUCUACUGUUUCAAUGAAGAUAGGCAUCAAAACCAACCUUAAAGCCGGGGUUCCAUUUAUAGUUGACGGAAAAAUUGAGGUGAGCACUGAAUUUAGUGGAUCAUAUACCUGGGGAAAAACCGAAACUGAACAAAAACAAAUUAGCAAACAAAUUGAUGUUGAAGUUCCUCCAAUGAAGAAAGUGACAGUAAAAGCGAUUGGAUCAAAUGGUGUCUGUGAUAUUCCUUUCUCAUACAAGCAAACGGAUAUUUUGACCAAUGGAGAUGAAGUUACCCAAGAAUUCACCGAUGGCAUGUAUUUUGGUGUUAAAACAUCCAGUAUCACGUUCCAUACCACAGAAGAAGACCUGUGAGGAGGACUGAAAAGGCGUGCAUGGGCCAUGACAUGUG